AUGUCACCCGGGCCCGACCUUGCCCAGGUACAGGACCCGGUAUAUCCAAAAACCAUGUCCCACGCCCUAACAAUCCACGACCUCGACUCGAUCUCCCACAAGCACCUCGCCCUCGAAACCCUCGCCCAAAUCACGCGCAUCGAACGCAAAACUUUCCCCGCCUCCGAGGCCUUCGAUUUCUCCGACCCGUCGCUCUGGCGCCGCAGACCUAACACGUACGUUCUGUAUGCGACGCUCGCAGGUGAUGCAGAUAUAGCUGCGUCUGCGUCUACGUCUACGGCUACAGCUGUUUCCACCAUCGCAAAGGGACCCAAGAGGAUAUCAUCAACCGCCACAGCCCCAUCCCCAGCCGCAGCCACGGUCAUAGCCUACGCCCUCUACGUCCGCCAAAGGGGCACCGCGCUCCUGCACAAGCUGUGCGUCGCAGAGCCCUUCCGCGGUCAGGGCGUUGGCAGACAGUUGCUGACGCAUGUGAUUGGGCAGCAGCGGAGCCAGCGGAGCGGAAGGGGCUGUCUGGCUGUGCAACUGUGGGUGGAUGAGAAGAGGGAGGCGGCGCGGCGGCUGUAUGGGAGCUGCGGGUUUGUGGAGGUGGAGGUGGUGGAGGAUUAUUAUGGGCCUGGGAGGAAGGGUUUGAGGAUGGUGUUGGGGUUGGAGGGGGAUGGUGGAUGA